UAGCGUAUGAGUUACAGCGUGUAAUGUCAAGGAAACAUAUGUGUGAUGUGUAUAAUUAAUUAAGUGUAAGUGAUGUGUAAAGUGUAUACAGUUAUUAAAACAUAGUGUGUAAGGGGUUAUAUUGCAAGUGGCCAUGAUGAAAAGCAUGUACAACGUCAGUAUAUAGGGUAUUUUAUCCACUGAAAUAUCUAAAUUAUAUUGAAAAAAAUUAGUUAUUAAUUUUGUAGGAUUCCCGUAAUUGCUGAAAGAUGUUUUCGUUUUUAACAACGGUGUAUUUAUCGCCUUCCUUUUUACGCAGAAAGAUACGUCCGUUCGCAAUCCAGCAAUAUUGGAAGUUUUCUGUUCUAGCGAAAUCGCGAGCAAGAAAAAGAAGUCUUUUAGCCUUUGAGGUUAAAUGUUCUGAGACAAAAAGUGUCAUUACAGAGCCUUCUAGACCAAGAUGUUUUGUGUUUAGCUGACUGUCUGGGUGGGAGAUAUUGUAUUGCUUUAUGAGUUUUAAAAGUUUGUCUUUCGCAAAGGUACUGGUAAACUCAGUAACAACUGAGGAAGUUGUUGCAUUCGCCUUCGAUGGCAGUCUGUAGAUAUCUUUAAUUUCAUUAUAAGAGCAAUCACCUCCCACGCUUUUAACCAGACUGGUCACCAUGUUAAGUAAGUCUUCUUUUUUUUCCUUUCUCUUUUUCGGUACACCUCUGAUUUCAAGACUUGUCUUUCUGAUCACUCGUUCUAGUCCCUCAAAUCUUUCUUCCAAUUCUUCAAUUUUUGCACGUGUAUUCAUCCUUUCCCGGUCUAAGCUGUCAAUCUUUUUGUCUAGGUCCUUUACUUGAGCCGAUAAUUCUUCUAACGAUUUUUCAAUUUCAUCAGUACAUGAUUUUAUGCCAAUCUUUAUAUCGCAUAAACCCUUUUCUAGAUUGUCUAACUUCGCAAGACCCUUAUCAAGUUUCUCUAGUUUUUUAUCUUGUUGUUUCAUCCAAGUUGAGAGCAUUUCCUUCAUCUCUUCUCUAAAAAUGUCGAAGGUACUGCACUCAUCAUCGUCCUCUAAUCGGACACGUUUAGAGUUUGAUCUCAUUGUAAUGUUAGGGGCAGGUGUUGACGCAGUUAUGGGUCUAUUUAAGUUAGUGUCUGAAGACGACAAUCCUUUCGGUGGUGUGCAAAUCGGGUUCAUAAUGAAAUAAGUUUAAAACUCACGUUUCCAGUAUGCAGGUUUAUUCUUAGAAUCUGGCGCGUAGCACUAGUAGGCGGGUUCGACUGUUUCUUCGUAGCACGUAGUACGUGAAGUUUGUAGCCGGCGUCUACGUCGUCAUCGAGCGCAGCGAGAC